AUGAAGUAUGCUUCAAUCAUUGUUAUUUCCUUUGAAAGCAGUCAUGAAGAGCCACUAAGUCCAGCAUCUCAGUUCUUUCAUGAGCCAUGCUUUAACGUUUAUAUCAUCGCCAUAAUGGGGUUCAAGACAACCAUCAAUCCUGACGUUGUUAAAGCUGGUUUGGAACAUACUUUGGUCAAGCAUCCUAGAUUCUCCAGCAAGCUGGUAAGAAAUAUUGUAUCAUACAAAAAAUGGAGCCAGACGAAAGUAAAUCUGGAGGAUCAUGUUAUUGUUCCUGAAUUGGAUCCCAACAUAGAUUUUCCAGACAGAUUUGUUGAAGACUAUGUGUCAAAUCUCACAAGAACUCCCUUAGACCUCUCCAAACCAUUAUGGGAACUCCACAUUCUCAACAUCAAAACCUCAGAUGCAGAGGCUGUCGCGGUUUUUAGAAUCCAUCAUUCGAUGGGCGAUGGUGCAUCUCUCACAUCGCUUCUCCUAGCAUGCACACGAAAAACCUCAGACCCAGAAGCGUUGCCAAGUAUUCCGGUAAAAAAACGUGCAGCGUCUACUAAUUCGGGCGGGUUUUGGUGGUUGUUUUUGGCGGUUUGGUGGGUUUUAAGGUUGAUUUGGAACACUUUGGUGGAUGUCGUGCUGUUCGUAGCGAUCUCUCUAUUUCUGAAAGAUACGAAAACUCCGAUCAAGGGUGAACAUGGGGUUGAGCGGAAUAUCAAAAAGUUUGUGCAUCGGACGGUCAGUUUGGACGACAUAAAGCUCGUCAAGAAUGCAAUGAACAUGACCGUAAACGAUGUUCUUGUUGGAGUAGUUCAAGCUGGCCUCUCGAGAUAUCUGAACCUUCACUCAUCAGGUGAGGAGCAGAAAGAUGGGCGAGUGAAGCAGAUGAAAAACAUUAUUAUUUCAAAAUGUAUCCGCCUUAGGGCAAUCAUUCCCGUCAAUCUAAGAAAAAUUGCGGGAAUCCAGGAUUUGGCUGAUAUGAUGGCUAAGGGGUCGAAGACUGGGUGGGGCAAUUUGUUCGGCUAUAUGCUCCUCCCCCUCAACAUUGCUUUGCAAGAUCAAGACCCAUUGGAUUAUGUUCGAAAAAUGAAGGCCACCAUUGAUAGAAAAAAGCUCUCACUUGGACAUAUAUUCACAUGUUCGUGUGCAACGUUGGUGUUCAGAACAUUUGGAGCCAAGGUUGCUGCUGCUAUAAUACACCGAGCAAUCUUCCACACAACAAUGGCCAUUUCUGGAUUGGUUGGUCCGCAAGAAGAAAUUAGCUUUUAUGGCCAUCCAAUUGCUUACCUUGCUCCUAGUGGUUAUGGGCACCCAAUUGCAUUGACUGUCCAUUUCCAAAGUUAUGCGCACAGGAUGACCCUUGCUUUGGCAGUCGACCCGACUGUGAUUCCCGAUCCUCACCUGCUCUGCGAAGAUUUAGAAGAAUCGCUCAAACUUAUCCGAGACGCUGUAGUGAAAAAAGGACUUAUAAAGGAUGCUGUCUAAGAGUAAGAGGAGUAUUUGUCCAAGGUUCUUUUUCAGUCAAAAAUAUAAUUGUUGUCUCAUGAGCAUUUACUGCCCUCA